CAUUCCCGAGCUGACGAAGGGCGUCGACGUUGAGUCUUGGAGCCCGAAAUGUUAUUUGACGAACGGCGAGGUUCUAGGUAAGAAAAUGACUCUUCAACGAAGAAAUUACGAGAUCGGCUCUCAAGACACUGGCCCACUUUCACGCCUCUUCCAUCCUGACGGAGGCUCGUCUGGGCAAAUCCCUCUACGAGCUGUACCCUGAUGCAUUCCGAGAGAUGGGAUUCGCGGGUGUCGGCAAGAACCAGGAUUGGGUCAUGGCUGGCAAAGACACAGCCGUCACAGUAGCCGACAGCCUGGGUCUGGACUCCUCGAAGAUUCACGACAUGUUUGCCAGAGUCGUUAAGACGGCGAGGGAGCAGGAACGAACGAAGCCAACCGACAAAACGAUGGUGGCCCAACAACAUAAUGCUCGACGACAGCGAACCACCUCGCUGCAAGCUCGUCGACUUCCAGUUCGCUCGUUACGCUCCACCGCCCAGGACCUCGUUCUACUCCUCCACCUCAGCACCAGUUCGGAGUUUCGCGCGAAAUUCGAGCCCGAGAUUGUCCGGUUUUAUCAUUCGACCUUCAGCGACACCAUCGAGAAAAACAAUCGCUCGAUCGAAGUUCGUAUGAGCAUCGAAGAAAUGCGUGAAGAAAUCCUGAAGCAGAAGCUCCGCGCUGUGGUCACAGCUGCUCUGUACUCCCCAGCCGUUUUUGCCAACGGCAAAUUUGCCGAGGACCUCAUCGCCGAUCCCGACGAGUUCGAGAAGUUCCAGUACGUCGAUCGACGAGAGAAUGUGUUCGAGCUGAUGCGACGCAACGAGAUGUACCGGAGCCGAAUCGAGGAUGCCGUGAGGGAACUCGUCGACUACGGCGAGCGAUUUUUCAUGAUCGAGUGACACCGUUUUGUUUAUGAAUAAAUAUAAGACACGACGCACGUUAUCAGAAAA